AUGAAGCAAGAGCUCUGCUUGUGGUUGUGGCUCUGCCUCUUGGGCAGCAGUGUGGCACUCAGAGAGCAUUUCUGUGAGCGGAAUGUGUCCGUUAGCAGCAUGGUGCCCGUGAACAAGCAACGCACCAUAGUGAAGCAGCCCUCGAAAUGGAAGUUCUGGAAGAAGGCGCAAGAAAUCACCGAGACCUAUGCCACACAUGAGGAGCAGAUCAGCUACAAAGUCAUCUCGGAAUGCUGCCCAGGCUAUCUGCAAGUGGCCACCGGACUCUGCGAACCGAUCUGUGAGCGAGGCUGCCCCGCUUUCGCCAGUUGUGUGGCGCCACAGCGUUGCCAGUGCACCGCAGGCUACGUCUCUGCCAUUAGUCAACGUGACAACAGCCACUACUGUGAGCCAGUCUGCGAUUCGUUCUGUUCCGAUGGCAGCGAAUGCGUCGGACCCAACACUUGUGCCUGCAAGGAAGGCUAUAACGCAGCUCCACCCGUUGGCGAUGCUGUGAGUGCUCCUUGUUUGCCCAGUUGUCGCCUGAACAAUGGCUGUGAGAAUGGCAAAUGCGACGAGGCAGCUGAUAUCUGUGUCUGCAACGAGUCUUAUGCAUGGAGCACGAUUCUGCACGCCUGCAUUCAAAUACACUUUAGACCCAUAACCGAAGAGCAAUCAGUGGAGCAGCAAGAGAUGACCACGAUCAGAGAGCAGGGCAUUGAGGAGCCCAGCAAACCAAUCGUCUGCGAAAAGGGAUUUGUUCUCUAUGCAGGCCAAUGUCGUGCCGAGUUCUUUGAGAGCAACGAGCUGCAGGUGAAGCAUUGCCGCCUCACCGGCUGUGGAGCACAUCAGACCUGCGACGAGUCGUCGGGCAACUGCACCUGCAACAUUGGCUACUCGAAGGAUGAACCCAAGGAAGGCGUCACCACGCUCACGUGUCAUCGCAGCAUCUUGGGCGACAUUUUGAGCAUCGAUCAAGCUGUUGAUGACGAAGAUGAGAUCAACUUUUUCACAAUUCCCGUACUCGGCUUCUCCUCUGGCUUUCUCUUUGUGCUCGUCGUGGCCAGCUUGAUUACGCGCAUCCGUCGUGGUCGUCAUGGGGGAUUGGAGAACUCGGAAUCUCAGCCGAAGGAAGUGCUGCAUUGUGAAUUCUCGCAGAAGACUUAUGAUGUGGAUGAGUUUGUGCCAUGA